AUGCAGCACGGGUCUUCUCUGGCGGACGGCAUCACUGAGGCGCCAAGUCCCCGGCCAGGCUCGCCUCGAGAUAGCUACUGGACCAUCGUCGACGUGGCAGAAUCAGAUUUUAGUACCGAUGAUGAUUGCAGCGUCGUCGAAAUAUCGAGAGCCUCCAGCCCUCUCGCGAUCGAGUUCAACAAGAUCAGCGUCGGUGAGCCUUUCGGAGUCCAGAUCGAUUGGCCUACGCGUCUCCCUUGGUUUCAGUUUCAAGACAAGUAUUUUACCGGUGAGAAUCUUUUCUUUCGGUCCCUGUUCUCGCGUUCUAUUAUUGAGAGAUAUCCAGAUGCAUUCAAGAAGGCGGUCAAGGUACACGCCUCGAGGGCGGGGGACCUAGGCUACUCAGCCCACAGCGGAAUCAUGACACUGGGUGCCAGAAAUAUGCAGUUGCUUGCGACACCGCAGGCCGCCGGCCGAGUGGCAAUGGAAUUGAGCAAGUACAUGCCUGAGCGCCGCGAGGGCGAUAACCUCGCCAUAGUCCAGACCCUCGUGCGCGGCGAUAGCACAGAAGCGAGGCAGAAGGAAAUUGAGAAUUUCGUAUAUCAGCUCUCCAACAAUCUUAUCGAAGACGAAGACGAGGAGUUCAUGGACGACUUCGGCAAGUACACCAAGAUCAUCAACAUGUUCCGGGCUAUCGACCUGCCCAUGAGCGUAUGGAAGGACUACUUUAAAAAAACUCUCCAGGAGCCGACCGGUCGAGCCUUUGUCGACAACCUGUACGAGGCCGCGCUCAAUACUAUAUCCCUUGACAUCUUGGAAGCCCUACUAUGGCUAGGCGUUGAUCCGAAUAGGAUCUUUAAAACCUGGAUGACUGGUGAGCGCGAACGGCCCGUGCAACUCGCCGUGGACUGCCGCGUCAAAAACCUAGAUAUGCUCCAGCUCUUCAUCCGUUUCGACGCGGACGUGAACUUACUCACAGACGAGGAUGAAAGAUUCCCCUUGCAUCGGGCGGCGAGAGAGUGCAGUGUCGAGCACGUCAGAGCGAUCGUGGAAGCGGGCGCCGAUAUCAGGGCGGAGACGUACGACAGCGAGUUGAUAAUCUCCGUUCUCGACUGUGCAACUGAAGCGGACAGGAGGUUGGAUGACUAUACGGACGAGGAGUGGAAAGAGAAAUUCGGCGAAGAGGAGCGGCCCGGAGUCGCCACGGUGAAGUAUCUCCUCUCGCUAUUCGACCCGACGAUAGACGCCGACCUAAUCCAGGCUGGGCUCGUCUCGGCGGCUGCCUCCCGCAGGAGAGACAUGAUACCGCUCUUCAUCGAGGCCGGUGCAAACGUCAACGCCCGGUCGACCAAGGGACUCACACCUCUCCUCGCAGCCGUCAUCCGCAGCUACCAAGACAACGCCCUCCAAACGGCCACGAUGCUCAUGGAUCUAGGCGCGGACCCAAACCAGGGUCUAGUCAUCCGGUCCCGGUCGGGUUCCACCGUAUUCCUCCCCAUACAUGCAGCAGCGGCUCGCGGCGAUGAGAAAAUGGUCAAUCUCCUCAUCCAGCGCGGCGCAAACGUCAACGCUCGGGUCCGUUUAAAGUACGAAAAAGACGCGUGGCUCGUAGGCUCCCAUUUCACCUCGUGGAAACAACGCCAAUCCGAUCUUUUGAUGAACCUGGCACGCUGCGACACGCCGCUCCGCCUCGCUCUGUUUCGGGAUAAGCGGGGCGAGUGGGAACAUAAUCCCAAGCAGCCCGGAGCAGCCCUGGCACUGAUGCGGGCCGGCGCAUCUCUGCGCGGCGGGGAGUUCCCCAGGGCUGGUUGCUUCGAUUCGGUCGAGCUCCUCCGCGAACUCAUCUCCCGCGGCGCCGAUGCCAAUGAGAUGGACUGGACGCGUCGCACGGCUCUGACGAACAGUCUCGAAUGCGGGAAUUUUGGUACGGUCCGCUAUCUCCUCGAAGUAGCCGGCACGAGGCUUCAAGGCGGGGAGCUGACCAAGGCUGCUAGGGGUGGUAGCCGUGAGGCUGUGGAACUGCUCCUCAAGCACGGGGCCUCUCUGGAUUCGGGACAAAGGUCGGAGGAGUCGCUAAUAGAAGCAGCGGCGACGAGUAAAAACUGGGACCUACUCUCGUGGAUCAUGGAGAGGAAAGGUGAGAAGGACAACAGCUACUACAGUUCGUCUGCGCUCUGUACGGCCAUUUGCGCCGGUCUCGGUAGCGAUGCGAACUGGGAACGGCACUUCGACAUGCUACUUCGACGAAGACCGCUAGGACGUCCCGUCUGCGUUGCGGAAGCCACAGCGCUUGGGUGCGCGGCUAUAAAGGGCCAGAAACAAAUCGUCGCACGCCUCCUCCGGCUCGGGCGUCCACCGGCGUGCGUACUACCCUUAAGCGGGGAAAGAGCGAUACACAUCCUCGCAAACGGACACCACGGUACUCUCGUUCGGGAAUACGACAGGCCGUUUUUGCCCAGGGGGGCGUCUAACCUGCGAUGUUCGGUGCUUGUUCCGGCCCUCGCCUCGGACAAAUCAUCCUGUGCUGGCAUGCUCCUGCGGUCGGGUUGCAGACCGGAUCGGUUCGCCCUCCUCGUCGCGGUGGAGAAUGCGCAUAUCCAGGAUUGGCAGAAGGAGGAAAUGGACGACGAGGAGGUUGAAGAACUCGUCGCGGAUACCCUCGCCAUGAUCCGGCGGCUCACGAGGAUGAUGUCCCUGGAAGACGUCACCUACGCCGCCGACAAACUCCUGUACACGCCACUCCAGGGCGCCGCGCGCUUCAAGCGCCUAGACGUCGUCCGGCACCUCGUCAGCCUCGGCGUCGACGUCAACGUCGCCGCGCCACCGUGCCGCAACCCCUUAGAAGCCGACGAUGAGUGGGAGCCACUGAUGCCGCGCACCGCGCUACAGGCGGCCGUCGAGCACGGCGACAUAGAAAUGAUCGACCUGCUCCUCUCGGCGGGGGCGGACGUUAACGGCCCUCCUGCGCGCUCAUCAGGGGCUACGGCGCUGCAGCUUGCGGCGGGGACGGGGCAGAUUGGCACUGCGCGAAGGCUCAUGAGCUUAGGUGCGGACAUCAACGCCCCCGGUGCUGAGGUGCAUGGGAGGACGGCGUUGGAGGCGGCGGCGGAACAGGGCAGGUUGGAUAUGGUGCAAUUUUUGCUGGAGUCCGGAGCGAAGGUUACUGGGGAGUAUAAGAGGGUGUAUUAUCGCUCAGUGAGGUUCGCGAGGAGGAAUGGGUAUGGGGCUGUGGAAAGGUUGAUUCGGGAAUGGAAGUGGGAGAGGGAGCAGGAGGAAGGGCUAGCGGUUGCCGAUGAUGGGUCGACGUCUUCAGAUAUGUUUGAUUCCAGUGAAGAGGAGAGCGAGGAAGACAGCGAAGAGGAGAGCGAGGAAGACAACGAAGAGGCCAGCGAGUGA